AUGCUCAAACCACUGAGCUAUUCCUCCCCCUCCCUCAUCCUCCGCUUCAACGACAUGUAUCAGGUGGAGUCCAGGCAGAAGGAGCCGGUAGGAGGCGCUGCCAGAUUUGCUGCAGCUAUAAAAAAGUUCAGUUCCCUGGAUCCACUUAUAAUAUUUAGUGGAGACUGCUUAAAUCCAUCAGCUUUAAGUUCAAUAACAAAAGGAAAACAUAUGAUUCCUAUAUUAAAUGCAGUGGUAGUACACUUCGCAGUCUUUGGAAACCAUGAAUUUGAUUUUGGUGUUGAUGUUCUGGAAGAUUAUAUACAACAAAUGAAAUUUCCAUGGUUCCUCAGCAAUGUAUAUGACAGAUUUACCUCUAAACCACUAGGCCAUGGCUCAGUAAAAAAAGUAGUUAAAUGGAACAGUACAAAAAUUGGUUUAAUGGGAUUAGUAGAAGAAGACUGGCUGGAUACCUUGCCUACCAUUAACAAAUCAAACCUAAACUACAUAGAUUAUGUCAAAGUAGGUAAUAAAAUAUCUGCAGAACUUAAAGCAGAGGGAGCAGGACUUAUAAUUGCUAUGACACACAUGAAAUGGAUUAAUGACAUCAAACUUGCCCAGAACACCCAAAGAAUAGAUCUGGUUCUGGAGGGCCAUGACCAUGAUUAUGGAAUCAAAAAGGUGAAUGGAACUUGGAUUGUCAAAAGUGGGUCUGAUUUCAGGAAUUUCUCAAAAAUAAAUAUAAGAAAGUUUGGUGCAUCAUUUCAGUAUACAUUUCAGAGGAUUGACAUUUUGAGGAACCUAGAAGAAGAUUCUUUUAUAAAAUCAGUGGUGGAUGAUUAUACUCAAAACCUGCAGCCUCUUUUAGAGGAAGUUCUUUGUCCCAUCGACACAGAAUUAGACGGUCGUGUUUCUACUGUAAGAUCAGAGAGUAACCUGGGAAACCUGAUAACUAAUGCAAUGUUAGAAGCUACUCAUGCUGAUGUAGCAUUACUCAAUUCAGGUACCCUACGUUCAAACCAUAUACAUCCUGCAGGAGAUUUUACUAUGCACGAUCUUUUAACUAUCCUUCCCAUUGUGGACCCACUUCUAGUAGUCAGAAUUACAGGAGGACAACUGUUGGAAGCUCUCGAAAAUGGAGUCUACAGAUAUCCAGCUCUUGAUGGAAGGUUUCCUCAAGUAGCAGGAAUGGAAUUUGGAUUUGAUCCAAAUGCAGAACCAGGGCACCGAAUUAUAAGAGACUCUGUAAAGAUUCAAGGACAAUAUCUCAAGAAGAACAAAGUCUAUCAACUUGCCAUUAAGGAGUACUUAGCUAAUGGAAAGGAUGGCUAUGUAAUGUUUCAGAAUUGUCCUAGGAUGUAUGAUACAGAAACUGCACAGAUACUUUCCACAGUUGUUGUUAAUCACUUUGAAUCUAUCAAGAUUGUGCAUGGCAUCAAAAAGUGCAUCUCCGGUCACCGAAUGAGUUUAAUUACCAAGUCCAAAUCAGCAUCACUAACAGCAUUUAGUGAUUUACCAAAGAAUAAUCUCUUUAUCCGCUAA